AUGGCCGAGCAGUACCAGCCUCUCAUCAACGAGGAAGCUGGAAGCUCACGUCUUCAGGAGAAGCGCACAUACGACGAGUGCGACGUGAGAGAUACAGUAGACGGUGAAAACGACGGCGAGGACGACAUUCCUCUCAAAGAAAUCGAUCUUUCCCGACUUCCCGAGGAAUCAAGACCAAGAUGGUAUCAAUUGCCGCAGUUCAGAGUACGCCGGCCAGAUUGGGAUGUAUCGUCGAGUUUAGCGAAUAGGUGGAACCAAGUCCCAGAUGCCAAAUCCUCCGCAUGGCUUAUAUUGUCUUGUCUCAUUGCUAUUCUUCCACGAUAUCUGCAGCCAGGAGGAUUGAAAGUCAAGAAGGAAUUGCACCCGACCGCAUAUCUUGAUGCAGUACGUGGUUGGGCAGCCCUUGCCGUGUUUCGCUAUCAUGGCAUUGCGAAUAAAACCUGGCUUCUCGAACAGCCCGUUUUCCGGAUGGUCCUUAAUGGUCGAGCAAUGGUCGACAUUUUCUUCGUCAUCUCUGGAUAUGUGUUGACCUAUCGAAUGCUCAAGAUGAUUAGAAAUCGUCAAAUGGGAUUGUUGAGAGUAUUAGCUUCAUCAACAUUCAGGAGGUGGUGGCGUCUGUACGUCUCUACUGGAAUUGCCUCUUUGGUCACAGCCAUCUGGACGUACUGGGGCUGGUGUCAGCCUGGGCUGCGUAAACCUACUCUGGGACUUCAAUUGCUUGACUGGGCGAUGGAUUGGGCUGGUGCAAGCAAUCCAUUCGGCGAGAUCCGCGGAUGGUGGUACGCUCAAGUGUUCCGCACAAAGUACCUCGACCAGAUGUGGACUAUUCCUGUCGAAUUUCGAGGCAGCUUGGUCGUCUUUUGGUUUUGUGCCGCGGCAGCAUACCUUUCGACUCGUGGUCGCAGAGUUUUCUGUCUCGUUGUCAUCACAAUGUGCUACUACUGGGGAGGUAUCUAUGCCGCACUUUUCCUGUGGGGUAUGUUGAUUGCAGACUACUCCUUCGAUCGCCAUCCAGAGAGGCUGCAACGGAUUCGUCUUCCAGCACAGCAAGAACCAGAUGAAGCUAUAAUGCCGGAGCGUCGACAGUCUGUUUUUGUCAAGAUCGCCUACUCCCUCCUCUUGAUACUAUCUAUGUUCCUGCUUGGCCAGCCGCCUGAUGGCUACUGGCUCGUUGGCCCGUUUCCCUGGCCAUACCUCAGCAAGGCCAUUCCAUGGUACUAUCCUGUGGAGCUAGCAGAGCAUUUCUGGCUAAGCUGGGGCUCAGUGUUGUUCAUCCUCAGUAUCGAUCACUGCAGGAUGCUCCAGAUUCCAUUUGAAUGGGGGUUCUCGCAAUACUUGGGGGACUUGUCCUUUGGAAUAUAUGCCAUGCAUAACAGCUUACUAUGGGCACUCUACACACCCAUCGUCGAGCCAUGGCGUGCUGUUCAUCUCGGCGAUGGAUAUUGGUCUGGGCUCCCAGGCAUACUCUUCACCACUUUGGUUUUGCUAUGGCUGGCCGACUAUUUCACACGCCUUGACAAUCUCGUGGUUCGGGCUGGCAAGUGGUUGGAGACCAUGACUUUCAUCGAGUGGAAUUGA